AACAACAUGUCUCUGCGCGGUCGGCUAGCACUGGUGACGGGAGGAGCUAGCGGCAUAGGCAGGGCCACCUGCCACGCCUUGGCCUCCCACGGGGUCAGGGUCAUCGUCGCGGAUCUCGACGGGAAUGCUGCUAAAGUCGUCGCAUCGGAGCUACCUGGCGCCGGGAUCCAUAGAUCAACUCUGCCUUACGUCAGUGACACAAGCUCGGUGAACAUACUGUUCACUGACAUCAAGGAGACCGAACCCAUCAGCAUAGUAGUGAAUUGCGCUGGCAUACUGAAGCGCUCGCCCCUUGUUGACAUGACGGAUGACGACUUCGACAAGGUCCUUCAGGUCGACCUCACGGUUAGUGGUCAAGCUGCAGCAAAAAUAAGUGCUUCACUUCAACACAAUUACUCUUUUACACUUGAAAAGAUGUUAAACAGCCUGCAUCUUGGCCUGUUCAUAAGAGUCAAUGUUCUCGGUCGCGUUUGACAUAUCGCUUUCUAAAAUGAAAACAA